GUCCCGACGACGACGAGCCCCCCGCCCCGCCCCCGUCCCCCCAUCCCGCGGACCUCCCAAGAUGAUGACCGCCUCAAGACCGCCGUCCGUCAACAGCAUGGGUGCUGACGGCGACCCCUUCUCCGCCCUCCUCAGGCCUCCCGCAUCGGAGACCGACCAUGAGCGCAUCUCCCGCCUGCAGCGCGAGGCAGACGCCAAACGCAUCAGCGACAGCAUCGACGAGGAGAUCAAGGCUGACCGGGAGCGCCUGAGAAAGAGCAGGCAGGACAUCAGACUGCUACUGCUUGGGCAGGCCGAAUCUGGCAAGUCAACGCUCCAGAAGCAGUUCCAACUCCUGUACAACCCGUCCGGUCUCGACGACGAGCGAUUGUCCUGGCGCACGGUCGUCUACUUCAACAUCGCACGUCCCAUCACCCGCAUACUAGAGGCUCUGGAGGCCUUUGGCGACGCAGAGGACGACGACGACGACCUCGCAUCUGAUCGCCCCUUCGGCGUCGCGGACAUGCGUGCACUCUCUGGAAUGCCUGUUCCUAGUACCAGCACCGACUUCACUGCCGACGAGAAGUCUCUGUCCCCAUCCCAACUCAGUCUCGAAAAACAGAUCAGCUCCUUCCGCACACGGCUGGCCCCUCUACUUGCGGCAGAAUCAUCUUUGGCGGAUCGCUUGUCUGGCGGAAUCGACGUGUCUGGUUCCGGAAGAGGCAGCGUCUUCGUCCGUUCUGGAUGGCAAUCGAAGACCCGAGGCUUCACCUUCGGGAGGGCACGUGAGCGCACCAGCAGCGGCGGACGCUUCAGCUUCGCCGCCCGCAACUCGACAGACGACAGGAAGGGGAACGAGUUGGAGCUCCAGGCGCGGAAGGAUGAUACUUCGGAAGAUGCACUCGUGCGCGAAGUCGCGUCAAUUCUCGCCUCCUGCCAGAGAGACAUCAAGGAGCUAUGGGAACUCCCGGCCGUGAGGAAGCUCCGCGAUCGCAGACGUCUCAAGCUCGAGGAAUGGGCGGAAUACUUCCUGAACAACAUUGAGCGUGUCUCGGCUCCUGGUUACCUUCCCACUAUUGAGGACAUCCUCCAUGCGCGCAUCCAGACCAUGGGCGUCGCCGAGCACGUAUUUGAUAUGUCCGUGCACGGUCGGAAUACCCGCUGGCAUCUCUUCGAUGUCGGCGGUGCACGGGGACAACGUCAUACCUGGAUUCCGUACUUCGAUGACGCCACUGCUAUCAUCUUCUUGGCGCCAGUUAGCGCAUUCGACCAGUACCUGGAUGAAGACCCCCGAACGAACAGGAUAGACGACUCACUGCAGCUGUUCAAGCAGAUUUGCUCGAAUCCCCUGCUCAAGCGGGCUCACCUGGUGCUCUUCUUGAACAAGACGGAUGUGUUGAGGGCAAAGAUCAACAACGGCAUCAAGGUCAAUAAAUACAUCACCUCUUACGGUGACCGUGCCAACGAGUACGACACCGUUGUGGCAUACUUCAAGGCACACUUCACCCAGGUUCACCGUCGAACCAACGAGAACAACCGGGUGUUGUUCACUCACCUCACCAGCGCCGUCAACACCAAGGCAAUGCAGAGCAUUAUCACCGACGUCCGCGACUCCAUAUUCCGCGGCUACUUGAAGUCUGCCGCCCUCGUAUGAACCAUCAUAGGCCUCGUUACGUCCGUCCACCAUAACUUUAUUCUGAACGCCUCCCCCGCACCCGGAUUAGGUCGCACGAUCGCACAUGCCUGUCCUGUAUUCUACUAUCAUUACGCUCUUUAAUGUCCGCGACAUAGCUCUCCAGGUCUCCGGCUUCUUGAUACCCCCACCGUCUCGGGUAUCUCCCUACCCAUCGCAUUGGCUCAUCCCACGUCCUCCCCCUCCCUGUGUCUAUGUAUUACAUAUCCUAGA